AUGCGAGAGGCUGCUGAACGGCGGCAACAGCUGGAACUAGAGCAUGAACAAGCCUUGGCUAUUCUCAACUCAAAACAGAAGGAAAUUGAACUGUUGCAAAAGGCUCAGGUUGAGGCAAAGAAAGAACAUGAGGGAGCCAUCCAGCUGCUAGAGGCCAAAGUCUGUGAGCUCGAAGAGAAAUGCCGGACGCAGAGUGAGCAAUUCAACCUCCUGUCCAAGGAACUGGAAAAGUUUCGGCAGCAAACUGGAAAGUUCGAUCUUUUAGGUCCUAACCUGUUGGUCUCCUCGGCUCUUCCUGGCUCUCCUAGCAAAACUUUAGCCCAAUUGAUGAACGGAAUUGCCGCCUCUUUGGGUCAAGAUCAUGAAAGUCCCUCCCGAGGCCAGUUUGUGAUCUCUGAGUGUACGCGUCCCCUGCAGCUGUCUGGUGACAAACCAGAGCAACUCUCCAUCAAACCAGCUUUCCUGGUCCGCUCGCGUUCUGGCAUCCCAAGAUGCAGAUUUGAAUCAGACAUGGAGAACGAACGGAAUUCUAAUACCUCAAAGCAGAGAUAUUCGGGGAAAGUCCAUCUUUGCAUUGCCCGAUAUAGUUACAAUCCGUUUGAUGGGCCAAAUGAAAACCCAGAGGCUGAACUUCCUCUCACCGCAGGAAAAUAUCUUUAUGUGUAUGGAGAUAUGGACGAAGAUGGCUUUUUUGAAGGUGAACUUCUAGAUGGACAGAGAGGUCUGGUCCCAUCCAACUUUGUGGAUUUUGUGCAGGAUGAGUCUCGUUCAUCUGGCGGUUUGGCCGGCGAGCCAGAGCAGAACGUUCUCAACCACAGCAGCCACCUGGUCGAAGGAGAAGGCCAUUUACCGGUCCAGUUGGACUCCAGCAUCCUCAAUAACGGUGCAGGGACUCUGGAUGUGAACAUUGAUGAAAUCGGCGAAAACAUUGUGCCUUACCCUAGAAAAAUUGCCCUUAUCAAACAAUUAGCCAAAAGUGUCAUUGUGGGCUGGGAAGCUCCAGUCGUGCCACCUGGAUGGGGGACCAUCCAUAGCUACAACGUCCUAGUCGACAAGGAAGUGCGCAUGAACGUCUCCCUGGGGAGCAAAAUGAAAGCUCUCAUAGAGAAAUUGAACAUCGCUACUUGCACUUAUCAGAUAUCGGUUCAAAGCAUAACCAGCCGGGGGAACUCUGACGAACUGCAGUGCACCCUGUUGGUUGGGAAAGAUGUCAUUGUGGCACCUUCCCACCUGAAGGUCGACAAUGUCACCCAGAUUUCGGCAGAGAUCAGCUGGCUGCCAACGAACAGCAACUACAGUCACGUCAUCUUCCUCAAUGAAGAGGAAUUCGACAUCGUCCGGGCUGCCACCUACAAGUAUCAGUUUUUUAACUUGAAACCUAACAUGGCCUACAAGGUCAAAGUUUUGGCCAAGCCCCAUCAGAUGCCCUGGCAGCUGCCUUUGGAGCAACGGGAGAAAAAGGAAGCUUUCGUGGAAUUUUCGACCUUGCCAGCAGGUCCACCAGCUCCCCCUCAAGACGUCCGAAUUCAAUCCGGUCCAACUCCUGGAACUAUCCUGGUUUCUUGGAAGCCACCAGUCCUCACCGCUGUGGGGACCUCCAAUGGAGCCAAUGUGACUGGCUAUGGUAUUUAUGCAAAGAGCCAACGGGUGGCAGAAGCGAUGUUUCCAACUGCAGACAACAGCAUCGUGGCGCUAACCAAAAUCCAGAGCCUGGAUGCCAGAGAAGUCCUCGUCCGGACCAUCUCUGCCCAAGGGGACUCUGUGGACUCGUUGAGCGCUCCCGUCCCACCUGACUUACUGGUGCCUCCUCACCCUCCGCCAGCUCCCAAAUCUAAGCCAUUAACAAGUGCCAGUAUCCCAGAUACCAAAGAAGAACAUUUGUGUCCCCACGGAAAAAGGGACGACUCCUGGGAACAGACCCGUGCGGCCUCCCCCGGCCGCGGGCACACUCUGGAACCGCCCAAUUUCCACAGCCCGCUUCACGGACAGCGCUCGCCAUCUCCCAACCGGAUCCUUCCGCAGCCGCAGGGCACCCCUGUGCCUAACACAGUCGCCAAGGCCAUGGCACGAGAGGCGGCUCAGCGGGUGGCGGCCGAAAGCAACAGGAUGGAGAGGAGGCCCGCCUUUCCAGAAAGAAGCAACGCGAUGCAGUACCCCAACUCGGAUGAGGAAGAAGACGGCUACGACUCACCCAGGGUCAAGCGGAAAGGAGCUUCGGUGGAUGACUUUUUGAAGGGCUCCGAACUUGGGAAGCAGCCCCACUAUUGCCAUGGGGAGGAAUAUCACACGGAAAGCAGCCGAGGGUCCGAUUUGUCGGACAUUAUGGAAGAAGAUGAAGAGGACUUAUACUCAGAGAUGCAGCUGGAAGACGGUGGGCGGAGACGAGUUAGCGUCACCUCGCAUAACACCCUGAAGGAAUGCUGUCACCACAAAACCACAGAAACAGUUUUCCAGGAGCCUCCCAAUUUUGCCCGCCGCCGUAAAAAACUGUUCAGUAUCCCCGAAGUGGCGGAAGAGGAAGGCGAUCACUCCGAACGUUUCCACAAGCAGGGAUUACGGAGGCCCCACCAGGCCCGGAAUGCCCUCACUAGAGAGGGUAGAUCCACCAUGGCCUCAUAUCAAGAGCAUCUGACCUUCUGGCACCCUGCCACCAAGUCACGGAGUUCAGAGGACACCGAAGAACGAGGUUGUAGGUCCAGCAGGCCUUCCACCCGAAGCCCAGACAGUGGCUUGGACUGUGGCAGCGAAGAAGAAGAAUCACGUUUUAUUUUCCCCCCGGCGCACGAGACCCCCGCUGUCCGUAUGUCCCCCGCCUGUGGUCAGGAUGAGGACAGCUCUUCCUUGUCUUUACGGCCCCUCUUGGCCCGUCGCAAGACUCUAGUCCGGCAGAGUAGUGUUGAAGAAGAUUUUGGAGACCCCAUCCAGCCCGUUGUGGACUCCCCAAAGCAGGAGGACCUCCCAGCUUAUUACAAGAGGAAGCCUGAGCUUCAAAGAUGCCGUAGAGCAGAAGAUUUGAUCCAUGAAGACGCUAAGGGAGGUUGGAGUAGCCCCUUGGUAGAGAACGAAACGAGACUCACUUCUCUUCCGCUUUCAAAGCAUCCCUCCCGAAAGUCUGAAGCCCCUCCGCUCUUAAGUAAUCCAACGUCAUCCAGGCGGCCGGAUCGAGGGGAGCAUCCAGAUCGAAGAUUAUCUCAUGGCACUUCCGGUCCCCAAAGGUCACGUCCAAUCCUGGUCCCUCCUAUGGAUGGGUACAGUAGUCGUGACCGCCUGUCUCCGGAGAUCUACGAAGAAUCAGAAACUGACACUGGAGCAGAAGAGAUGACCACGCGUAUCUUUGUCGCCCUCUUUGAUUAUGACCCACUGACCAUGUCUCCAAACCCUGAUGCAACUGAAGAACUUCCCUUUAAAGAAGGACAAAUUAUCAAGGUUUAUGGGGACAAAGAUGCCGAUGGAUUUUAUCGGGGCGAAACGUGUGCGAGACUGGGCCUUAUUCCUUGCAACAUGGUUUCUGAAAUCCAAGCGGACGAUCAAGAAAUGAUGGACCACCUUGUGAACCAAGGCUUCCUCCCUCUGAAUACCCCCAUCGAGAAAUUUGAAAGAAAUCGAAGAAGCAGCCGCCCGCCUGGGUCAACCACAAGGAGAAUGGUUGCGUUGUAUGACUACGACCCAAGAGAAAGCUCUCCCAAUGUUGACGUGGAGGCUGAGCUUACAUUUUGUACUGGAGACAUCAUUACUGUCUUUGGAGAAAUUGAUGAAGAUGGCUUUUAUUAUGGGGAACUUAACAACCAGACGGGUCUCGUUCCUUCAAAUUUUCUUGAAGAAGUGCCUGAUGAUGUCGAAGUCUAUUUAUCCGACGCGCCCACGCGGUACCCUCAAGAUGCACCCACCAUGCGUACAAAAGCAAAAAGGAAGAAGAGUGUUCAUUUCACACCUUAA